UUUUUGAGGUUAUAAAUACAGUAACUGCAAGUUUCCGAAAUUGUGCUGAAAUGUGCGUUUUUAAAGUUCAAGUCUUCAAGCACAGCAGUUGAUUUGCGCAGAAAAUCAAUCUACUAGUAAUCUCAAUCCUCAUUGGUUCGUAGUGUUUAUAUCAUCGCUUUAUGGGUUCUUCAAUCAGCACCUUUGCCCGCAAGUGUUGAGCAAUACCUACCUGGGUUCAUAGUUUUACCGAUAUGAUGCAAGCAAUAACCUUCAGAAAUACUAUUAUCGUUUCAUAAAUUCAAGAACUUCAUUAGUUCACGCUGCUUCUAAUUGGAAUUAAACUCAGUAAUUUCAACCUAGAGCAAUGGAGAGUUAACACAGAUUUCUAAAGGCGAGAAAAGUACAUUAAAGCAAAAUGCCAGUUCCAUUAGGAGUGGGUGGAGUGUCACAGUCUGGACCAUCCUGUUUCGACAGAAUGAAAAUGGGAUUCAUGAUCGGCUUCUGCGUCGGCAUGGCAACAGGAGGCCUUUUCGGGGGCUUUAAUGCAUUUAGGUACGGGCUAAGAGGGCGAGAGCUUGUGAAUAAUGUCGGUAAAGUUAUGGUACAAGGAGGAGGUAGUUUCGGCACGUUCAUGGCAAUUGGUACUGGUAUUCGGUGUUAGUCUCCUAGAAGCAGACUAUUCUUGAAACCAAAUCAACAUCUGUAGCUGAGCCUAUUUUUAGCUACAGUUGUCUCAAAUAGGUACCUUACCCUCUCUGCUGUUUCAUGAUCUUUGUUUAGUUUAGCAAAUAAUCAAGCUAAGAAGUAAUUUUAGACUGAACUGCAGGAUUUAAUUCCUACAUUCUGCAUUUGAUUCCUUCUCUGUUAAUUUCAGUUGUUUUAAUGUCAUUUUGUUUAAGUAAAUGUGAUACCAAUAAUCACAAA